AUGACCCCCAACAAGGAUAAAAUGCAUUUCCAGCUGUCAUUGGUAGCUAUUCCUUCGACUGCGUGUGUUUGCAAACAUCAUCUUCUGCUUCGCUUACGCCUGCCGCUGUUGCUUCUCUUUUUCCUCUGCUACCUCGCGAGCAGCCAAGCCAAAAGGAAUUCACGCCGCCUACCACGCGAUGAGAUCCACGAAUACGCCAUACAUCAGUACAACUAUGCCGAACGCGAUAUUCAGGAAGCGGAUUUGCAGGCGCAGGAGUCGAAACGCGUAGAAAUUCAUGUAAAACCAGCACCGCAGCCGGCGUCACCGUCGCCGAAUGGCAACAAGGAUAUUGGAGCGCCGCGCGGAAAACGUGGCGCCAAAAAAUUUCGUCACUUCGUGCAUGUGGUUAAACCGGCUCACAGCAGUAACAAGAAGAAAAAGUCAAGCGUCGCAACAAGACACAACAACUAUCAACAUUAUCAUCAGCAAAAUGUUAACGGUGAAGGAGGCGCUAAGGAGUAUCACACCUACGAGGAGACCCAUGAGCAUGUUAUGGAACCAGCGGAAAAGUACAGUGCCGCCAGCACAUCUGCACAAUCUUCAGAAUUCCAUCCAUCGACUAUAUUUUCACGCUCGCCGGCAUAUGACGCGCCCAACUCCGCGACGACGCACAGUGAACCGCAGACGCAGGCAUCAGAAAGUUUCUCAACGCACGCCUUUCUCAAGCCACCCGCAGUGCCUUACGAGGACGACGCUCAAGUGAGCGGCUCCGAACACCACGAACAUAUGCACGAAGAACACGAAGAAGAGAAAGAGCAUCAACACGAAAAGAUCAAAGUGAAACAUCACCAUCAUCAUCAUCAUCACAAUCACGUAAAGGAAAUCAUUAAAAAGGUGCCCGAACCAUAUCCCGUCGAGAAGAUUGUGCAUGUGCCUGUGGAGAAGAUUGUCGAGAAAGUGGUGCAUGUGCCCAAACCUUAUCCGGUGGAAAAGAUUGUUGAGAAAAAAGUGCCCUAUCCGGUGGAGAAAAUAGUCGAAAAAAUUGUGGAGAAGAAGAUACCAUAUCCGGUGGAGAAAAUUGUCGAGAAAAUCGUGCAUGUGCCAAUGGAAAAAAUUGUGCAUAUUCCAAAACCGUAUCCGGUAGAGAAAAUCGUUGAGAAAAAAGUCCCCUAUCCGGUUGAGAAAAUUGUUGAAAAAGUUGUGGAGAAGAAGGUACCAUAUCCGGUGGAAAAAAUUGUCGAGAAAGUUGUGCACGUACCAAAACCCUACCCCGUGGAGAAAAUUGUCGAGAAAAUAGUGGAAAAGAAAGUGCAUAUACCAGUUGAAAAAAUUGUGGAAAAAGUUAUACACAUCCCCAAACCAUAUCCUGUAGAGAAAAUAAUCGAAAAAAUAGUGCACGUACCAAAACCAUUUCCAGUUAUCAAGCACGUACCAUACCCGGUAGAGGUUAAAGUGCCCGUGCAUAUCGAGAAACCUGUGCCUUACCCCGUGGAAAAGAAAGUGCACGUACCUUAUCGGGUGGAAGUGGAAAAGAGAGUACCAGUACCCUAUAAGGUGGAAGUGGAGAAGAAAGUACCUAUUUUCAUACAUGCGCCACAUGAAUCAUACAAACAUCAUGAAAACAAGGAGGAGGAGCACGAACAUCACGGGCAUGACGAGGAGGAUAAGCACGAUUUCGAAGAUCAUGACCUAUCCAGUUUUGCCACCAACCAAAAUGCGAAUUACGCGAAUCUACAGCAACACCAACAAUCUCGUCUUGCAGCGAAUGCUGCCGGCGCAUCAUUGCCGCCCAAAGCACAUGCACCUGCAGCGGCAGCAGCAAUACGCGCCGAAUUACUAAACCAACAAAUACAAAACUUCGGCUAUAAGAACCCCACUGCCUCAACGCCAACGGACCUCGACCAAGCAGCCUCGAAUAAUAAUCCGUCUGUGACGCAUUUCGAGCCAACGCCAGUUAAUAUUUUUGGCUAUAGGAAUCGCAGCACUUCAACGCCUACCGAUCUCGAUUCAUCAGCUUCAGAAAAUAAACCAACCGUGGUACGGUUCGAACCCACUGCGCUGCCUUUCCAAAUACACGUCGAUGACGGCGUGGAAGCCGAAAAUGGCGGCUCAUUGAGGGAAACACAAUCUGCGGCGAAUGAUAUGCAAGCACAGGCUAGCACUCACAGUUUCCGCAUGUUGGCGCGCCUGCAGCCCAUCGCUUUGCCACUGCACGUGUAUCAGCUGCAUUCAAUGCCGUUCCAACAACCGCUCGGUUUCUCGUUACCAGCAAUGCAGACCUCGUUAACGAGUAACGGUGCCUAAAAUGCCCCAAGUAUGAACACCAAAGACGGAUAGUAAGACUGAGCAGACUUAACGCGUAAAAUACUUAGUUUUAAGAAAUGGUUUUUUAAUUUAUAAUUUUUAUUUAACUUAUUUCCUAAGAUAAAAUCUUUAUAUGCAUUUCAAAUCUGAGUUGACAGAAUUAUGUACAUUUGGAAUCGUUGUUCGAUAGAU